ACAGAUUCUCUAGCUUGGGCAUCGGUUCAUGAUUUGAGAUUCCUUUUCCCAGAUUGAUUGAAAUCUGAAACAACAAGUUGUUAAGCUGAUCUGAAACAUCUAUUUUAUUGAUCUCUAUCUGCCAGGCAGAACUGAAAGCUGAGUGAUGGUGGUUCGAUUGGUUCUCCUGCGCACAUAUUACUUCAUUUGUUGCUUACUCAUUGCAUCUGGCAACGUGAUUCCGCCAUCAAACACCAAAACUUCUGACCAAAAGAGCAAUAACAACGCUACUAAAGACUCAAUAGAAAAUACAACUACAGAAGUGAAGGAAGCUCAAAGUGUGAAUUUAAAGACAGUUUCACGUAGUAGAAGAAGUAAUCUAAAUUCUAACUUCAAUGAACAGUUUAAUAUUAAUGCAGGAGAAAAUGCAGCUUUUAAUUCUGCUUUUCGAUAUAACGAUCAAAUUAUGCGAAAGUUGUUAAAGACUCAUUCCCCAAACCCUGCCAGAUCACAUUUUUUCUUUAAUCUCAUAACGCCUUUAGAUCGCAGAGCAACGCGGUACAACAGUUGGGAUGACCACUCGGUGAUGCACUUUGGUAAAAGGUCAGUGUCCGAGAAAGAGAGUGAUGAAAGUUUAACAGACGAAAAGUCGUUAUAUGAACCUGAUCCUAACAUUUCCAAAGAAGACGAGGAUUCAAAAGAUAUAGAAGAACUGGGAAACAUAAAAAGAGGUACAGAUUCUUGGAUGGACCAUAAUGUAAUGCACUUCGGAAAGCGUGAUGAUGAAGUUCUAAAUGGAGAAGUUAGUCCUUUUGCAGAAACGCUUGAUGAAGAGAAAAAAUCAGAAGACGCUUGGCAUAAUAUGAUGAACUUCGGAAAAAAAUCCGAAAAUCCGUGGAAUGAUCACAAUACAAUGCACUUUGGAAAAAAAGAUGAUCCCUGGCAUAGUAUGAUGAGCUUUGGAAAGAAAUCAGAAAAUCCCUGGAAUGAUCACAAUACGAUGCACUUUGGAAAGAGAGAAGAUCCAUGGCAUAGUAUGAUGAGCUUUGGAAAGAAAUCAGAAAAUCCUUGGAAUGAUCACAAUACGAUGCACUUUGGCAAGAGAGAAGAUCCCUGGCACAGUAUGAUGAGCUUUGGAAAGAAAUCAGAAAAUCCCUGGAAUGAUCACAAUACGAUGCACUUUGGAAAGAGAGAAGAUCCAUGGCAUAGUAUGAUGAGCUUCGGAAAGAAAUCAGAAAACCCUUGGAAUGAUCACAAUACGUUGCACUUUGGAAAAAAAGAAGAUCCUUGGCACAAUAUGAUGAGCUUCGGAAAGAAAUCGGAAAAUCCAUGGAAUGAUCAUAAUACAAUGCAUUUCGGCAAGCGAGAUGAUGAGUUUCAACACAAUAUGAUGAGUUUCGGGAAAAAAUCCGAAAAUCCGUGGAAUGAUCAUAAUACAAUGCAUUUUGGGAAAAAAGAUGAUCCUUGGCACAGUAUGAUGAGCUUUGGAAAGAAAUCGGAAAAUCCCUGGAAUGAUCACAAUACGAUGCACUUUGGAAAGAGAGAAGAUCCAUGGCACAAUAUGAUGAGCUUUGGGAAGAAAUCGGAAAAUCCAUGGAAUGAUUAUAAUACAAUGCAUUUCGGCAAGCGAGAUGAUGAGUUUCAACACAAUAUGAUGAGUUUCGGGAAAAAAUCCGAAAAUCCGUGGAAUGAUCACAAUACAAUGCAUUUCGGUAAAAAAGAUGACCCAUGGCAUAGUAUGAUGAGUUUUGGCAAAAAAUCAGAAAAUCCUUGGAAUGACCACAACACAAUGCAUUUUGGAAAGAGAGACGAUCCGUGGCAUAGUAUGAUGAGUUUUGGAAAGAGAUCGGAAGCUUUUUGGAAUGAUCAUAACACAAUGCAUUUUGGCAAACGGGAAGAUCCUUGGCACAGUAUGAUGAGUUUCGGAAAGAAAUCUCUUACUGAUCAAAAAGGAAAUAUUAUCAGCAGAGAAACCAUAUUGACGACUGAGAAUAACACUGAUGAUCACUCUGAAACUGACACCGAUGAAAUAAACAAUUCAGCACCUAUCAGUGAAAUGAAAUCAAUGAACAAACGAUCGAUUCACCCCUUAGAAAGUGAUAUAAAACAACUAAAGACAACAAAAAUGCAAUACGAAACUCCAACGAAUGUCAAAUAUUUAGUAAUUGAUGAUAAAUCGAGUAAAAAAGACGAGCAGAAUAAUUCAGAGUUUAAAGCGCAUGACCAAUUAAAAUCUGAAGACCAGCAAAAUUUUGAAAAAAAAUCCAAACUUUGGGAAUCACACAAAGCGAUUAAUUUCGGAAAAAUAGAUCCUCCGUUUGACGCACAUAACAUGUACAUAACACCAAGUCUAAAAAAUAGAUUAAAACAAAAACCCAAAAAUUCAUUUGGAAGAAAUGGUAAUUUCAAAUUAACACCAAAUACCCAAAACAAAGGAAUGAACCUGGUAGGUACUGAAAAGAAAUUACUUCUGAAAAAAAGGUCUGUGGAGGAAAUCAUGCCUGCCGAAAAAAACUUUGAUAACGAAGACGAAACAGGUCUUCAACAAUCAGGGUCACUAAAUUCCCGAGAAGAAUUUCCUGAACCAUUUCUUCAGUUUGGUAAAAGAUCACCUGAUGAUAAUGAUGCUACUGAUGAUAAAAAGUUUGUACCUUGGGAUAUAUUAUAUCUAACUGCUCUUGAACAAAAAAGAGACCCUUGGGAAUCACAUAAUACACUACACUUUGGAAAAAGAUUCGAUCCUUGGGAUUUGCAUAACACUAUGCAUUUUGGAAAGAAGUCGGAUCCCUGGAAUUAUCAUAAUACAAUGCAUUUUGGGAAAAAGAAAGAUCCAUGGGAAAACCAUAAUACAAUGCAUUUUGGAAAGAGAUCUGAUCCAUGGCAAUCACAUAAUACGAUGCAUUUUGGUAAAAGAUCUGAUCCAUGGCAAUUGCAUAACACAAUGCACUUUGGUAAAAAAUCUGAUCCUUGGGACGCACACAAUACAAUGCAUUUUGGAAAAAGAUUUGAUCCGUGGCAGUCACACAAUACCAUGCAUUUUGGCAAAAAGUCAGACCCAUGGCAAUCUCACAACACCAUGCAUUUUGGAAAAAAGUCAGAUCCCUGGGAAAAUCAUAAUACUCUGCACUUUGGAAAAAGAGAUUCGGAUGAAUUUCCAGAUUAUGCCGAUUACACAAACAAUCCUGAAUUUGAACUUGACUUGAACGAUCCAACUUCUAUUCUAAAUCCCAUUGUUCUCAGUGACAAAAAUUCUUUAACAUCGUUAGAAAAUGAAUCCAACAUGAUAGCGAAGUUGUUGCGGUCCAGAAUGAAUGAAGAUUUUCCUGAAGAUCCGACUGCAGAAGAUUUACUUUUUAAGUUGCUUGAAAAUGCUGACAAAUUAUCAAAAAGUGAUUUGCCUGGUGUUGCCACAGAACAGAAGCAAGAACAAAUGUCCGGAACAGAAUCAGAUCGAAACGGACCAAGAUUAGUAGAAAUCGAAAAUGUUCCAAACCGACUAAAGAGCGAUCAGCCUGUAGGCCGAAGUCCCGACAAACGAUACCUGAUUCCAUUUCAAGGUCCAAAAUCAAUUGUGUAUCCGCAUGCUUGGCUGGUGUCUCAAAUCAGAAGGUCCGUUCCAUCUAGUAGACAAUUCGAUCUGAGAGUGGCAGAGAAAAAGGAAGACCCUAUAAAUUCUUAUAUGCAUUUUGGUAGACGUUAGUUUUUCUUGAAGAAGACAAUUUUAUUUUUUUCAAUUAAUUACAUAAAAUUUAAACUGAUACCAGUUAAAGAAAAUAAGUGGCAAUAAAUAAAGAGCCAUAUUAAAAACCCGAACCAAAAUAAAUUAUGAAAUAGUACUUAAUUAAGAGCUGACAUAUCAAUAAAGAACAAAGGCAAAUUUUUUUUCCAUUUAUUUAUUUCUGUGAUGAUGAAUUUUAAUGACACGAAAAGAAUUGUAAAUGUUACUUUCCAUAUGUUCAUCAAUUAUAUUUUAUGAAUAAUUAUAGGGAUAAAUAUAUUUCUUGGCAUAGAUAAUCCCAUUGUACAAACCAAAAUAACUUACAGUUCUCAAAUACACUUUAUUGUGUUUCAAAAUAAUAAAAUCAUAUUAUUAGAACAAA